AUGAUUGGCGGCUUGGACAUCGACACCUGGGACGAGAUCCCCAACGGAGGGUUCGUUGGGAAGUGCUGGGUCAACUUCAACGCCGAUUGGUGGUGGUACGAUGACGACUCUGACUACACGCCGGUCAUUAGCGGUGGCCUCGUGGCCACCACCCGCGAGUGGUGGAGAGAAUCGGGUGGCUUUGAUCCUGGCAUGCAUGGUUGGGGUGGCGAGAACACCGAGCAGCCCAUUAGAACUUGGCUCUGUGGAGGCGACGUGAUGAGGGCCAAGAGCAGCAUCGUUGCCCACAUGUGGAGAACUGAAGCCGACCCACGUACCAUUGCCCGCUACAAGAUCAGGCAGAAGUACGACAACGUGGCGCGCACGGCCGCUGCUUGGUUCGACGAGUUCCUCCCGAAGUUCCGGAGCGGCUCCUUGGGCGGAACACGCAGAUAG